AUGCAGAAUUCCGGCAUUCCCAAGCCUCCCCACAGAAUCCCGCAUCAACCAAGCGGAUUGCCCAAUAAGCGGCCAAACAUUGUUAUAUUUAUGCCAGACCAGCUGCGCUACGAUGCUUUGCACUGCACUGGAAUGAAUCCGAUUGUGAACACGCCCAAUAUCGACAAAUUCGCUGCACGUGGAGUACGCUUCUCAGAAUGCUAUGUUCAAGCGUCUGUGUGCUCGCAAUCCCGUUGCUCCAUGUUCACGGGGCUAUACCCACAUGUAUCCGGCCAUCGAUCACUAGAGAACCUCAUUAAGCCAUGGGAGCCGAAUUUGUUCCGCUCGUUGAAGGAUGAUGGGUAUCACGUUGCUUGCAUGGCGCCACGUGGUGACUUAUUUGCUCCCACAGUGACCGAGCUCAGCUUGGAUGAAUACGGGUUUCUGGAGCCACCGGAAGUAACGAAGAUUCUUGGACAGCAUGGCGAGGAGCGACCCGAGGAAGAUAUUACCAUUUGGGAGCGACUCUUCUACAAGGGUCGGCGAGAUAUGAGCAAAGCUGUCGAUUAUGAUGAAGCGGCUGUUCGGAGUGCCGAGAAAUGGCUCGAUUGUCCGCCAGAUGACAAGCCAUGGGUGUUGUUCUUGCCUCUUUUCUUUCCUCAUUGCCCGUUCACUGUUGAGGAGCCAUACUUUUCCAUGUAUAAGCGAGAGGAUAUGCCGAUUCCAUCAUCGGCCGAUGAAAAGACAGGAUACGAGCCACGGUAUAUGCAGUCGAUCCGACAACGACAUGGUACUCGCCGUGCAACUCCAGAGAUAUGGGCCGAAGUGGCAGCCACAUAUCACGGUAUGAUAUCGCGACUCGACGAUCAGUUUGGGCGAGUUGUCAAUAAACUCGACGCCACAGGUCUCUGGUCCAAAACCAUCACCAUGUUUUUCACCGACCAUGGAGAGUACCUUGGCGAUCAUGGUCUGAUCGAAAAGUGGCCCAGCGGGCUAUCCGAGACUCUGGUCCGCGAGCCUCUAAUCAUGGCGGGUGGCGGCAUUCCUCCCGGUCUCGUACGCGACAGUAUGGCAGAAAUGGUGGAUUUAGUCCCUACCAUAUUACAGUUGUGCGGAGUGGAUGAGACAUUUCCUCACAAUGGGAUAUCCCUACUUCCAUCAAUUCUUGAGAACAAAGCACACCGAGAAUAUGCUUUCUCCGAAGGGGGUUUCCUUAUCUCCGAAGAGCCGUUGCUUGAACAAGCCCCGUUUCCCUAUGACUUGAAAGCCAAGCUUCAGCAUGAAGAUACCAGGUGCGUUGGUAAAGCUAUCUCUAUGCGAGAUCAGAACUGGACGUACAUUUACCGGUUGUACGAACCGGCGGAGCUGUAUGACCGCAAUGCCGACCCGCGCGAACUACACAACCUGGCAGCAGACCCGGAAUACGUUCCUCAAACACGACUCAUGGAGAGUCAGAUGUUCCGCUGGAUGGUUGAGACGAGUGAUUUUCUCCCCUAUAGUAGAGAUGGACGAUUUCCCAAAGUAGACCUUCCUGAUCCCAAGACGUUGCUGGAUGAGCGGAAGGAGAGACGUCAGAAGGGGAGUGACGAUGAAAUAUCCAGGGGUAAUUUGGAAAGUUAA